GCUCAAAUUUAGUAGUUUACAAGUGCACCGGAAUGCAACAUUUGCUACCCAGUUACCUAGCAACUACCCGACAGCGUGUUGCCAAACAAGUCACACUGACUCAAGAAAUUCUAGCUAAUGUUAGCUCGGUAAAGUUCGCUCAUUCAGUUAUUUUCUGAAUGUAAUUAAUAGCGAAUCCAGCGUGACUUUUUGAAUAUUUAAUCCUUCGCCUCCUUGAAGUCAUUCAACAUGUCUGAAGUUGUGCAUCCGCCAGAAAGCGUCUACAACCUUAUACCAAAGGAAGAGGUUGAUAAGCAAAAACCGCCGAGGUAUACGUCCAAGUUUAGACCGACAGUUGUUCUUGAGCAAAAGUUAUCCAAGGAUGCGAUGAGAACGAUGGGACCGGCAAAAGUAGAGGUGCCAUCCCCAGACAAAUACCUCAAGAAGCAUUCAAAAGAGGCCAAAUUGCUUGAACAAACACAGUGCUCGAAAGGGGUUCGUAACAUCUGCACUGUGAAGAAACCAGCUGUCCCUGCUAGGACGGACAACCCACCUAUGGGCAUUCAUACCAAGAGAGACUUUAUAAAGACGACUACGGUUGUUCCAAUGAAGCCACAGCCGACCUGUGUGGACACCAACAAGGGAACCAAGCAGCGCCUUGAAAAUUCAGGACUUGUCCCCAAGUACAUCAAGAAAAAGGAUUAUGGAGAAGUACCUGAGUACCUUCUGGAGCGCUACGAAGAAGAGCAGAGGGCUCAGGAGCAGUAUGACAACUUUGUAAAAGAACAGAAGGAGCAGGGAGCCAUGAAGCACCUGUCUGAUGAGGAGCGACGAGCUGUCCUGGAGGGCCUGAAGAAAAACUGGGAUAAGCUUCACCAUGAGUACCAGGGCCUCUCGCUCGUCACCGACAUCCCGUCAAAGAAAGCCCACAAGGAGUGGCUCGAAGUGGCGAUGAAGCAGCUGGAGAAUGACAUCAACCUCUUUGAGAGGUUCAAAACCAUCUAUGUACCCAAUUAAUAGGACGUUAAAAACUCUUAGACUUGAUCAGAUUUACUGUGCUCUAUUUCUUCACCCUGAGAAAAAUAAAAUUGUGAAUAUAUAUUCUUGCAGGUUUUCCUAUGAAUUAAUGAACCAAAACUAAAAGUCUAAAGAAACGAUAGUAAAAAGAAAUGUUCAAAUUUAUAGUCGUAAAUGAAAUAUUGCAGGGUUACCAAAAUCUUUGAGAAUUAUCUUCUGGAUCAUGUAAAUCCAAAACAAAUGUGAUUGCAGUCUGGCCAGUAAUUUUGAAAUUUCACUGUGGACCAUUUCCAGUCUUGUAGGUUUUCAAUGUAACCAACUUUCUCUAAAAAUAUUUCUGAAUUUUUAAGGAAAACCGGCAGUUUAAUUUUAGAAAUAUUAAAAAUUGAGCAUCAGAUAAUGACAAACUUCCUUUUUUUGUUGCGUUCUGCUUUCCUGCCUUACAAAUGAAUUGUGUUAGAGAACUUAUUGCGAAAAGUUGGUAGUAAAUGCUUGAGAGAG